AUGAAUUAUUUUGUACUCAAAGGAAGGGCCGCCCUUGAGGCUCUAGACAAUGUCCAACCCGUGGACACACCGGAGUGUCCGUUUGAUUGGAGAUUCGUGGUAGAGUGUACAAGCUGUGGGGAGGAGCCUUAUCGGGCAAUUGUCAUCAAUCUGUUUGCGAAAUUCCAGGUUGAAAAUUCCGAAAGAACUUGGAAUUUCCGAGCGUCGUGUGAGUACUGUCCAAGCACCCAUUUGGCCCUGAUUCGCCGAACAAAGGGAGCUUUCCGGGAAGACUGCGAGGAUGAAUGGGUUGAUUUGCUACAUAUUAUAGCAGAUGGGAUCAAGUUCAAAAAAUUCCGCGAAAAAAAAAGUAUCUGGCACGGAACAUCCGAGUUUGGCUCGAAGACGUACGAAAACAUCAACUUGGAAUACUCCAGUUGGUGUGACUAUGAUAUGGACUACUACCAACUUAUUUGCAUGGACAAUGCCCGGUUCCAAAUCGUACUGGCUGAGGAUAUUUACGAGAAAAUGUUCAAGGCCAGAGACGGUGUAGUUCACCAGGUAGCCAUGCUCUCAAAAAAGCUACGAAUUUGA